GUUACAACAAUGACGAAAACGAAGGGCAAUCCAUCGAGGGGCCAAGGGGUGUCUUCGUCUUCURGGAGGCGCAGCCAGGGCSCCCMYGUGAAAAGGCCACGCACGCGGGAAGAACUUGAACUCGAGGAGGAGCUGGUCCCUGUGGAAGUGGCACAUGCGGCAGCUACGGAGCAACAUGAAGUGUCUAAGGAGGAGGAGGAGGAGGAGGAGGAAAUGGAGAACCCAGAAGAGGAGGAAGAAAAAUUUGACGAGGAAGAAGAAGGGAGCGAGGAAGGAGCGGAAGAGGAAGAUCGAGAAGAGGAGGAAGAUCCAGAAGAGGAGGAAGACGAACAGAGAACCCAGAAUACUCAGAACACUGUCGAUGUUCUGGCUAUGGUCAAGCAGUCCAUAAAGUACUUUGCUUGCAUGUGGACGAUCACGUUGGUCGCCACGCAUGUCGAGCUGUUUCUUCAGACCUCAGAGAAAGAAAAGUACGAGUCGUUUGGAAAGGUUAUUCACUUUGCGUCGGCGAAGAACAGCAUUGAGGGCAUCGCACUCGUUUGGCUGGUGGUGGGGACGAAAAUGGUGCAGUUUGUUCUCAGGCAUGCGAAGAUGGUAGUGUGGGAGAAGAAACUCGAUGCCCGGCUGAACAAGGUUGUUAAAAAUGACUUCAGGUUCUAUAAUCUCGCUGUGAGUCUAACUCGCUUUUGCAAUGUUGUUCUCUUAUCUCGUUGAAUUUUGUAAGGUCGUUGGCGAAUAUUGUUUACCGUCCCUUCGUAAGCAGCUCCCUCCGAGUAGGGCAAAUGAGCGCAUUACACUAAG